CAGGAAAUUUGAACACAGAGCAGCAGUGAGUCCACACCGCGCACACAGACACGGGCAUCUCUUUCUGCGCCAAGGUCACCGAGCCCAGGGAGGAAGCAGACUCACACCUCCGUCUCCUCUGAGUGAAUAGUCAGCGUUGAGGUGGGCCAGAGAUGCCGCCCCCUGCAUGUCCACCUGCAGUGCCCCCACCAGAUGGCGGUUGGGGUUGGGCCGUGGUGUUGGCCUCUUUCAUCUCCAUAGGCUUCUCAUACGCCUUUCCCAAGGCCAUCACUGUCUUUUUCAAAGACAUCCAGAUCAUCUUCGAUGCCUCCUACAGUCAGAUCGCGUGGAUCUCCUCCAUCAUGCUCGCCGUCAUGUAUGCUGCAGGUCCCAUCAGCAGCAUACUUGUCAACAAGUAUGGCUGCAGGCCCAUCGUCUUGAUGGGGGGCUGCCUCUGUUCCACUGGUAUGAUCUUAGCUUCCUUCUGCACUAAUGUGCUGCAGCUUUACCUCUGCAUUGGUGUUAUCGGGGGUCUUGGACUUGCCUUCAACCUGCAGCCAGCGCUGACUAUGAUAGGCAGGUACUUCUUGAAGAAACGUCCCAUUGCUAAUGGACUGGCAAUGGCAGGCAGUCCGGUGUUCCUCAGUACCCUAGCCCCUCUUAACCAGUACCUCUUCAACAAUUUUGGCUGGAGAGGCAGCUUCCUCAUCCUGGGUGGCUUGCUGUUAAACUGCUGUGUGGCUGGUGCCCUCAUGAGACCUUUGGGGCCGCCACCCAAUAAGGCCAAGAAAGAUGAAGAGUUGGCUGUCAUCCCUACCGCUACAAAACAGAAACGUUCUGUCUGGAAAAUAGUCAACAGUUACCUGGACUUGACUCUGUUCAAACACCGUGGCUUCCUUAUUUACCUUGUCGGCAACGUCAUCAUGUUCUUGGGCUUCUUCGCACCUAUUGUUUUCCUUGCAGCCUAUGCCAAGGACAUGGGUGUGGAUGAGUACUCAGCUGCCUUCCUGCUCUCAAUCCUGGCUUUUGUUGACAUGUUUGCCAGGCCAUCCAUGGGGCUACUGGCCAACUCGCGCUGGGUUCGGCCAAAGAUCCAAUACUUUUUCAGCUUUGCUGUACUGUACAAUGGUGUCUGCCACAUCCUUUGUCCUUUGGUGGAAUCCUACCGUGGUCUAGUUGUGUAUUCAAUUUUCUUUGGCUUUGCCUUUGGCAUGGUCAGCUCAGUGCUGUUUGAAACGCUGAUGGACCUGGUUGGGCCUCAGAGGUUCUCCAGUGCUGUGGGCCUAACCACCAUUGUGGAAUGCUGUCCAGUCCUUCUUGGUCCACCACUUGCAGGGAAACUGGUAGAUGUCACGAAAAACUACAAGUACAUGUAUUUUUGCUGUGGAGCCAUCGUGAUUCUGGGUAGUAUUUGGCUCUUCAUUGGAAACUUCAUCAACUACAGACUCUUGGAUCGUGAGCGCAAACAAGAAGAAAAGUACAAACGGACUGAAACAGAAGACCCAGACCAAGUUAAGGCUCUGGCGGCUGCGGCUGAUGGGGAAGCCCAGGCCUCUGAGGAGAUGAUCAACAAAGGUCAGAGAGAUGCAGAUCCUAUGCAGCAGGAAACCAACAUCUAGAGCCUUAUGCUUCAACUUCAGUGCAACUUUGCAACACUGUCAACAAUGAUCAAACUGAGGUCCAUGAUUAGAGGUGCCCGUGGGUGUUCCACCAGGCUCCAUUUACGGUCCACUGCAUUUCUCUACAAGUAACUUCCUAUGAGCUAUGAGGUGUGUCUGAUUGUGAAAGAGUAACAGCUAUGACUGAAGUAGUCACCUGAGAGAAAAAUGUAAGAUAUUAUACGCAUAUAAAGAGUCAGAAAAGGACUGUGGAAAGCAGUGUAAAACUAUAUUUUCUUUUUUGCCACAGUCACCUCAUAUCAGAUUUAUUGUAAAUAAAUGAAUACAACUAGUUACAGACAGGGUACGAGAUAAUUGUUUAUUUUGGGAACUGUGAAUCAAAUCUGCUUAUUUUUUUGUAUGUUGGCUGAUACCUAGAAAAUCAGUCAAUUAACUUUGCUGCAGUUUGUUAGAUGUUGCUUUUUAGCGAUCUGUCUGUCCCCACAACUAUUCCAAGAUGGUGAAACAAUUCCUUUUUCCGUUCCUUGUCUUCCGAUGUGAAUGUAGCAUCAGCAUGUUGCACCAGUAACCUGGUGAACCCAUGUUUAAAUUUAGAUCAAAAUAACACAAAUUCAAAGGUGGACGCAAUAAAUGACUUUGGUGGUUAGAAAGACCUUUAUGUGCAUUAGAGUUCACUACUUUGUUCCUAAUAAUAGUUGUUGUUUUAAACAAUACCAUUCCCAGAAACCACAAACAAUGUCAUUUAUGGAGUCGGAGAUUCUGAAUGUACUAACUCUCGGAACAGAGGUGCUGAUUUGUUAGCAUAGGAAAUAAACGAUACAGUGGUGAGUGGCCAUGAGGAAGUUUGCUGAGCAACAACAUUUAAUGGCGGCUGCAUAGUCCUUCUCAAAGACAAUAGUUUUCACAACACUGAAGAUUUCAAUGGUUGAUGAUUUCAAUAGUCAGCUAUCACUGUCUAAUAAUUUAUCAUCGAGGAACAAAAGAGGAGUUGUUGAGUUUCCUGGUCUUGGCUACUGUAGGAAACAAACAAAAAAAAAACUCUCAUGGUGUCACUUCCGUUGUGAAUGCUUGAAUCUUGAGUACACCGUACUCUGGAAAUGGUCCAUCCAUUUUGUGACACAUGCAGAAAUCCUAAUUGCUUCAUUUCAUAUGGCAAGUGGGCAUCCUAAAAUGUCCACUUCCAUUAAUAAAGAACAGAUGUGUUCACAGCUGCUGAUGCUGGUGUGCACCUACAGUAUACUGCCCACUUGAGCACUGUAAUGUGGUGCCAAUAGCUCACUUUAAUACUCUCGAUCAUAAAAUGCCCCCUGUAAGUCGCCUGAUGCUUCGUGUUACACUCAUAUACAGUAUGCUGCACUAAAAAACAAAUGGUCAUACUACUCCCCAAACAUCUUUAUAAAACUGCUGCAAUCCAAUGAAUUUAAUUAUGGUUGAAUGUAAUUUACUCUAUGGGCCUUACUAAGGUAUUAUUGACCAAAACCUGUCUGCAUAUUAAUGGGUUUUCUACAUAAUCUAUCCUUUGAGCAAUAUAAUCUCAUAUAUUUAAAUGCAGAUGUACAGGGAGAUGUGCAGUAUUUAUGUUGGUCCAUUCUAUAGUACAUUGCCUUAAAUGUGAUGCAAUGUAUUUUCAGUUGUACAGUGCAUACUUGAUGGGAUUAUAUGAAGCCGAUCCACCUUUGUGUUCAAUGUGACCACUCAUUGUGCUGUUACACUAAGAAGAAAACAAUAUAACCUGUGUCUAUAUUGUGAAUUUAAUGCAGUGAGAUGACGUUGUGCCAGUACAUAAAAACACCUGAAAGCUAUACUGCUAAUUAACUAAUGCUAAUCAAGUGUACCUGUACUAACAGUCCUAUCGUGUGUUACCAUUCGUAGUGGAUCAUCAUAUUGUGGAACCGUUUAACUGUCGUCUGUCGCUGUAAGUGUCAAUGUUGCUCCAUAUUCUAUCCAUUCCACGUUUUUCUUUUUUUUUUCCAAAUGUCACCCCACUGUGCUGUUGAUCAGAAACCCUGAGGCGAAAUGCAGACCACGUGGUGCAGUGUCUCAGACGUCCUAACAAAAGCCAAAACACAUUUUGAUAACGACUGUAGGUUUUCAAAGAAAACGUGAGGCUACUUUAGACCUGACCAUGGUCUCCUUUCCAUUUUCACACAGGUUAUAUUUAUUUAUUCACUCACUUCUGUAAAUCUGUUUAUUUCGCUUUUUAAUUCAGUCACCAAAAAUGCACUUUUUUCACCAGCAGCUCAUGCAAAGAUUAGUAUUUUCAUACAUUAUCGUGUUGUCCUAAAUAAAUAAAUAUCAAAAUGAAUACCUUAUGAAUGUCACUUAUCCUGUUUUGCACCUAGUUGGUAGAGAGAGGGACUGCUUUCAUUCACUGUGCUCACUGUGCAUGCUUAUGAAUAGAACAGACUGCUGUACAAUCACUUUCUACCUAGUAACACUGCCCCCUGCUGGUUUCAAAUUACCUAGACCAAAAGGUAAAGCCAAGAUCAUUUACAACCUGAAAUACAUCUGUUUUAUAUAUAUAUAUAUAUGUAUUUCUUUUUUGUCAUACAUUUUAGGUUUCAGUUUCAGAGCGAAUAUAAAUGUAUUUAUACUUUUUUUUGGUGAUGGGAAUAUUCUUUUUAUUGUUACUUAUAUAUACUAAUGUAAUAGAAAAUACAAUUCUAUUAUGAAAAACUACUACUACUACAUGCUGAAUCUUUACAUGCAUGUAUUUUUUACCAUUUUAGGAAUUGUGUGCCACUUUCUUCCUCCAACAAUCACUAAUGAGAUGUGUACAAAUAGAGCAGGUCGUUCCUCAUGUGUAUGGAGAGGAAUGCCAGGACAAAAAGUUAUAUAUAUAUGUUAUAUUUGACGUGCACCAUUAGCCUUAUCAGUUGUAUUGUUUGACAUAGCAUUUAUUUUGUGUUUCCGUUCUUGCAUAUUUAUGCAUACACUGUUGUUUAGUCAAAGGUACAAUUUCAAAGUUUGCUUAUUUAGCAAAGAGGUGGAGUUAAAAUUCAUUUAUUUAUUGUCAUCGGUAAUAUAUUAUUUAUAAUAAUAUAUUAUUAUUUCUUUAAAUAAGUUACUGUUGUUCACCGAUUCCUUGGGUUUGUUUUGUUUGUUUGUUUUCCAUAAUGUGUGGAACUGAUAUACAGAGUGUAAAAGGGUUUUAAGCUUGUAUAAUAUAAUAAAAGAGAGUGGAGGGGAGGUGUCACUCAGGAUGUUAACAGAAAAUGUUGUGUUUGUCUUCCGAAAAGCACUUAUGACUUUGUCUCACUGAUUGAAUGAUGGCAGAUUGGAUUCUACUGUAAGAAUGUCUCUGAAUUGUACAUCUGUCAUUACUGAAUAACACUCUUCAAAGGAAAUGCUGAAAGUGAUUGUUUUCAUUUGAAAUUGCCAUGUUUAUGCCGAAUUUAGAGAAUAUCCCAUUGAAAAACCUCUUUCUGAAAAGCAUUUCAUUUUAAAUGUGCUAACACUAAUCUCUGCCCACUGAUCCAUGAUGAUGGGAUCAUUGCUGUCUCCUUGAAGCGAUUUAAAACAUUUUUAAUUUUGAACGUGAAGUAGAACAAAAGUCUAUUCUUCAGAAUGAAAUCUUCCAUUUCCUCGCAUUGAUGUGGUGAGAAAACUGUGGAUUUGCUACUGGGAGGCUGAAGGACUGUCUAAGCUAAGCUAACUGUGCCUUAUUGUCCUACAAGGACCAUUUAUUUUUGCGAGUAUAUGAUCUUAGAAUAUUUUUUUAGGGGUUUUUUUUUGGUCCUCUUUCCUACUGCCUGAUUGUUUACAAGUUGAUUGCAUUCCAUACAUUUAUGUAAAUAAUGAAUUAGCGUAGCUACUAAUUCAUAAUUGACUACUGGCUGUAUGUGAACAUAUAAGCUACAAGUAUGUGUAAAAUCUUGAUCAGAUUUAGAACUCAAAUCUUCUUUCUGGAAAUGAUAUUAACAUGAAAUUGCCAUGGUUACGGAUUUUACAUUUGAGGACAGUUGUUUUGACAUGUGUGGACCUCCGUCUCAGCAGUAAGGGCAGUCUUUUAUGUCCGUCCAGUAGCAGACAUGCUGUGUGCUCUCUCAUCAGGGAUCAGGGAUUAUUUCAGAUAUCAUUCAGUAUGUUUCCACUACCUCUGCUGCCAUCAUGUCAGAGCCACAUGGGUUUAAGAGAAGCGAUCAAUGUUUUUGUAAAUGGAGCAUAAUAUAAAGAUAUCAUCAAUCACGGUAGCAAAAAUAAACAUAGCGUAUGUCCACA